AGAAUUGUAAAUUCGGAGAUUGCACUGGAUAAGUCUUAUCAUUAGACUGCUCUUCUCUGUUGCCAAACAUUCCGAUCAGAUGACAAUUACCAUGUACACCCCUGCGCAUGUUACCACCAGCAUCUUAAAUUCCCGGCUCCUCCGCUCUCCGCCACGACAAACAUUGUCGCCGGCGAGAUAUCACCGCAAUUUUAGCUUAACUUGCGCGUUAUUACCGGAGACAAGGCGGGAAAGCAGACGAUUGGUCAACAUAGCCCUUGGAGUCUUGCUUCAAUGGCUAGCUCUACCUAAAGAUGCAGUAGGAGCUAGCCCUUUUGACAAGUAUGUGAAAAGGAAACAGCUUGAUCCACUGGAGGCUUAUGUACCAGCUGUGCUGCUAGCUGGGGUGCAGAUUAAGGAAUUAGAGAAAUCUUUGGAGGUUGAUCAACCUAAAUAUGGAGAUUGCCGGAAUAUAUUGCGUUCUGGUCCUGCAUCAUCUCUUCGUGUCAAUAUUCGAGCAGUAGCACAAUACGCAGCUGAUGGUGGCAAUGGUAAAUCAGCUUUCAGUGAUGUUGAUCAGUGUCUGAGUGCAUUGGAAGGACUUGACUCGUUGCUUUUGCGUGCAUCAAGAAAGGAUCCAGGGGCCUCAAUUGACUCAAUGAAGGCACAAAUUGUUACUGCCUUAAAUGCAUUGGACAGUCUUCUUAAAACCGUCCCAGCUGAUGUGCUUGAAAAGGGAAAGUCUGUAGCUGAUUCAUAUUUUUUUGCUGGUGAGGAAGACGUAGCACCUGAGAGACUGGACCCUGAGCUGAAGCAACUGGAAUCUAUACUGUAAAUACGAAAGCCUCUUUCUUGAUCAGGUAAAUGUUUUUGUAUUGCUCAUGAGUUGAUGGGCAGAGAUGGGGUUGUUCUUUAGUCUCUUAAUUGAUGCAGGUCAUUCAAAGUAUGUAAUUAGUUUUGUUUUAUAUCUCUAUUGAAUAACGUCCAAUACAC